UGGCACUCCUCCUCAAUGAACGUUGGAAAGAUGGCGACGGCAUACGCACCAGCGAGAGUCAACUGUGCCGGCGGAUAGAAAGUGCUCUAAAGAGACACAAACCCUCCACCUUUGCAAAGAUUUAGCAGUGCAAAGUGCGUCUGAUAUCGCUUAGACAUGGUGUAGUCCAUGCACGGCUAGGAACAAGAAGCCACCGCUUUGCUAUGGAGCCUCCGGAUCGUAACAAGCCCAGCAGGCAGGCGAAGCCAGUGAAAGAUGCAUCCCAGCAGAACUUGCAUGUGGAUGAGGGUUGGGACUCUCCCAGCGAGGAGGAGGAAGCUCUGUAUGGCACAUCACCUCCUUAUACCUCCCGUCAGAUGAAACGCAUGUCUGGCAAGCAUCAAAGGAACAGCCAGGCGAGGGGUGCUGGUCGGUCUCCAAACAAAGCUGACCUCAGCCCAUCUGUAGUGAGAGAGAGUCCUAAGCCAGCAGAGCCCCCUGAGGAGCACAGCUACAAGCAAGGCAAGAAGCAGAGGGCAACACAGCGCACCACGGAGAGAGACGACAAGAAGACCUUCCAAGGCUCCUUCAUGCUGGAUCCACUCUCAAAGUCGAGCCAUUUCGGUGCCCUCAACAUGGAUCCCAGGAAGCAUUACUUGAGUUUGGGUUGCAGCAGUGGCAAGCUUCCUGUGACUAUGCCCCAUAUGGCCCGGACCCAUCGACAGACAUCCAGGACAGACUGUCCUGCUGACCGCCUCAAGUUCUUUGAGACUCUUCGGCUGCUGCUCAAGCUCACAUCUAUGUCCUCUAAGAGGAAGGAGAAGGAGCAGAGGGGCCUGGAGAACAUGCCCUACAUGGGUCACAACACCGAGGUCAUUUGGUUGGAGCUGCAGGCAUGGCAUGCUCGACGUUCCACCAACGACCAAGACUAUUUUCUUUUCACUGCCCGCCAAGCAAUCCCUGACAUCAUUAAUGAGGUGCUGCACUUUAAGGUCAACUAUGACAGCCUGAGAGGGGCUCAGUGUUCAGGGUCUCAAAAAAUCCUGGGGGACUAUCAGAGUAUUCCAGAUCUGGUCUGUGGAGAGGAGAGGGAGCCUGCUGUAGCAGAGACCAACCACUGUGGCGUAGAUCCCUGGGGCUUUAGCGCCUGCCCCUCAUCAGCGAUGAAUGCGGCAGAGCCAUUAGGUUCUGGCUCUGAUUGCAGGGAACAUCUUCAGCGCCAGCGGCUGGCAUUUGACCAGGUCAAGCGGGUUAUGGAACUAUUGGAAUCUGUGGAAGCUUUGUAUCCCUCUUUGCAGGCCCUACAGAAGGACUAUGAAAAGUAUGCAGCACGAGACUUCCAGGGCAGAGUGCAGGCGCUCUGUCUGUGGCUGAACAUCACGCAGGACCUCAACCAGAAGCUGCGCAUUAUGGCCACUGUGUUGGGCCUUCAUGAUCUGUCCCGUAUCGGGUGGCCUGUCUUUGAGAUCCCUUCACCUCGCUGCUCCCGUGGAAAUGAAGAAGAAGAGAAUGAGGAGGAUGAGGAGAAUGACUCGACUGCCACUUUUACAGCUGAAAGUGAUGGAGAGGACAGGGAUGCUGAGGAGGAGGAGGAGGAGGAGGGGGAGGGGGAAUUGGGACAUGUAGCAGAGGGAGAGUUGUCUCCCACCCUGACUCCUAAAUUUGCCCGAUUGUUGUCAGAAGAGGAGUUUCUCCCAACUGCCACUUCAGGAAGUGCAGAAGCGACUACGGGAGGAGUAUUCUGCCCCACAGCCAUCUACAGGCCAUUUGUGGAUAAAGCCCUGAAACAGAUGGGACUGCGUAAACUGAUCCUCAGACUGCACAAACUGAUGGACCGCUCUCUUCAGAGGUCCAGAGCAGCGCUGCUCCGCCACACUCCAGCACUGGAGUUUGCAGACUUCCCAGACCCCAUGUUGUACAGCGAUUACCUGCCAGAACUGUCACGCCACCUAUCCUACAGUGGUCCGACUGAUCCAGAGCUGGAAGCAGACCAGGUGUCCUGGGAGGAUUUGCUGGAUAUGGAUCUCCCAUCCUUCCGGCCAGCAUUCCUCGUGCUGUGCAGAGUCCUCCUCAACGUCAUUCACGAAUGCCUUAAACUACGACUUGAACAGAGGCCUGCUGGAGAGCCCUCACUGCUCAGUAUCAAACAGUUGGUGCGUGAGUGUAAGGAGGUUCUUAAAGGUGGGCUACUGAUGAAGCAGUAUUAUCAGUUCAUGCUGCGUGGCGUGGUGACUGAUGCUCAGGGCUUGCAAACAAAUGCCAAUAUUGAUGAAUUUGAAGAGGACCUUCACAAGAUGCUGGUGGUUUACUUUGACUACAUGCACAGUUGGAUCCAGAUGUUGCAGCAGCUGCCUCAGGCCUCUCACAGCCUAAAGAACCUGCUGGAGGAGGAGUGGCACUUUACCAAGGUCAUCACUCCUUACAUUCGUGGAGGGGAGGCCCAGUCAGGGAAACUUUUCUGUGACAUUGCUGGGAUGCUGCUCAAAUCCACUGGAGAGUUCCUUGAUGCUGGUCUGCAAAAGAGUGGUAAUGAAUUCUGGGAAAGCGCAGAUGAUAGCACCGCCUCAGAUGAGAUCAGACGGUCGGUUAUCGAGACGAGCCGGUCGCUUAAAGAGCUGUUCCACGAGGCCAGGGAGAGAGCAUCCAAGGCUCUGGGCUUUGCCAAAAUGCUUCGCAAAGACUUGGAAGUUGCUGCGGAUUUCAAUAUCACUAAUGGGGUGACUUGUCUCCUGGAGGCACUGAAGAAGAGAAACUAUGUCAAGGUUCAGAUACCCGGUUUAGAAGAGCUCCAAGUUUUUGUCCCCUUCAGCGUGAUGCAUCAGCGGCCUCUCAUCCUGCAGCUUCUUAAUGCGGCUGCUGGCAAAGACUGCUCCAAAGAGCCGGACGAAAUUGCUGAGGACGACACCUACCUGCUCAUGAGCAAACAUGGAGCUGGGGAUUCCACCACUGAUUCUGAUUGGGCUCAGUGGGACGGAGAGCUUCUCAAACUGGUCCCACAGAUGGAAACUGUUGACACGUUACGGGCCAUGAAGGUGAAGAAUGUGCUCCUGAUAGUGAUGGAGUCAGCUCACCUGGUGACUCAGCGAAAGGCCUUUCAGCAGUCCAUGGAGGAUGUGCUCAGUCUUAGCCGGGAGCAAACAUCUAGUCAGCCUCUCAUUGCCAGUGCUCUGGAAGAGCUCAAGGAUGAGGCACUGCAGCUAUGCAUUAAGAUUAGUGCUGCAAUUGAGCGAGUGGAGUACAUGUUCACCACAGAGUUUGAGGCAGAGGUGGAGGAGUCCGAGUCAGCCACUCUGCAUCAGUACUACAGGGAGGCGAUGAUACAGGGCUACAAUUUUGCCUUUGAGUACCACAAGGAGGUGGUGCGGCUGAUGUCAGGGGAGUUCAGGCAGAGAAUCGGGGAACGCUACAUAGCUUUUGCCCGCAAAUGGAUGACCUAUGUCCUGACCAAAUGUGAGAGUGGCAGGGGCACCAAGCCCAGGUGGGCGACUCAGGGUUUUGAUUUUCUUCAGGCUAUCGAACCUGCCUUUAUAUCAGCAUUACCAGAGGAUGACUUCCUGAAUUUGCAAGCCUUGAUGAAUGAAUGUAUCGGACACGUGAUUGGAAAACCUCAUAGCCCAGUUACUGGCCUGUACCUUGCUCCCAGGAAUAGUCCUCGUCCUGUAAAGGUCCCUCGCUGCCAUAGUGACCCACCAAACCCCAAUUUAUUUAUCCCUAAUGCUGACAGUUUCAGCUCUCGAAGUCUCCCCUGCGAUCUCCGGAACCAGCUGUUCCCCAACGGCCCUCGCCCUGUCCCUGUCCCUCAGGGCCCAGGGGAACACAGCCAACCCAAAGCACCCGGCAGCACCCCCAAUGACGUCAGGGGUUCCAGUUUCCAUGAGAAUGACCGUCUGUCGUCAGUUGCAGCCGAGUUGCAUUUCAAAUCUCUGAGCCGCCACUCCAGCCCCACCGAGGACAGAGAAGAACCUUCAUAUCCUAAGGGAGACCCUAACAGUGCUGCACGCCGAAGCUGGGAGCUCCGCACCUUCAUCAGUCAGUCGAAGGACACUGCAGCACGACAAGGCCCCAUGGAGGCCGUCCGUCGCUCAAUUCGCAAGUUCGAGGAGAAGCGCUACGCUGUCAUGAAGCAGCGCAACAUCAUCGGCCAAGUGUGCCACACACCCAAGUCCUAUGAUAACGUCAUGCAUGUUGGGCUCAGGAAGGUGACCUUUAAGUGGCAGAGGGGCAACAAGAUAGGUGAGGGCCAGUAUGGGAAAGUGUACACCUGCAUUAAUGUUGACACUGGAGAACUGAUGGCUAUGAAGGAGAUCCGAUUUCAGCCGAACGAUCACAAAACAAUCAAAGAGACUGCAGAUGAGCUGAAAAUAUUCGAAGGCAUUAAACACCCAAACCUGGUGCGAUACUUCGGAGUUGAGCUCCAUCGGGAGGAGAUGUAUAUCUUCAUGGAGUACUGCGAUGAGGGCACACUGGAAGAGGUGUCCAGACUGGGGCUGCAGGAGCAUGUCAUCAGGCUUUACAGUAAACAAAUCACUACAGCCAUCAAUGUCCUGCACGAGCAUGGCAUCGUGCACCGCGACAUCAAGGGAGCCAACAUCUUUCUGACGUCAUCGGGCCUGAUUAAACUGGGUGAUUUUGGCUGCUCAGUCAAGCUGAGGAACAACACUCACACCAUGCCAGGAGAGGUGAACAGCACGCUGGGAACUGCAGCCUACAUGGCACCUGAAGUCAUCACAAGAGCAAAGGGAGAAGGUCACGGAAGAGCAGCAGACAUUUGGAGUUUGGGCUGCGUCCUUAUUGAGAUGGUGACUGGAAAGAGACCCUGGCAUGAGUACGAGCACAACUUUCAGAUCAUGUACAAAGUGGGCAUGGGCCACAAGCCCCCCAUCCCUGAGAAGCUGAGCACGGAGGGGAAGGACUUCCUCGGUCACUGUCUGGAGAGUGAACCCAAACGGCGCUGGACAGCUAGCAUGCUGCUCGACCACCCGUUUGUCAAGGUUUGCACGGACGAAGAGUGAACGAAAUCUCCUCUGCGGCUUUAAAGUUUACAAAUUAAAGCACUACUGUACAUGCUGUCGGCUAAAGAAAAAAAGAACUGUGGACGUGUAGAAGAAGGACUUACGGCUGAAGGCACAUGGAGUUAAACUGAGGAACUAAUACAAAAUCAUUUCAGAGAACAACUGGAUCUAUGGAAUAUAGAGUUGUUGUGUCUGUAUGUAUCCAUGGACCGAGGGAGGAGAAUCGGGCUGGGACUGUACAUACUGUAAGAAUAGGAUUGGCUUUAAUUCAUGUAUAAACAAUAUUGUAAAGUUAAAGUAACUAUUGCCACAUUUUUUUUGUUCUCACUGGUGAAGAGACCUCUGAAAAGGCAUUGAGGAAUACUUUUUUGUGUGUGUUUUGUUUUUAACAAAUGGGAGGGUUGUGGGUGGGGAGGGAGGGGACAAAAUCUAUAGCACUUUUAAACUGUUUACCCAAGGGAGCAGUUGAGUAGAGGAGGGAGGAUUCUUAUUUCAGUCGCCUUUUGAGGCUGAAAGAGGUGUGGUAAGCCUCAGUGAAUGGAAGGAGGCGCUGGUUUACCUUUAUGAAAUGAAUACCAUCCAAAUAUCCACAGAUUUAUCUCGUCAUUUAGCAAGCGCGGGCACGAGGAAGGAUUUUUUUUUUUUUUUUUUAAAUGUGUUGUUCUUUGCCUUUGCUGAGGAGGAAAUGUCAAUUUGGAGCAAUGUUCAAGUCUACUGGUCACCAGUGAAGAGCUGUUCAUGUGAUUAGAGCGUAGCCAACUAAGAGGAGAUCAGGGCCUGCUCUCCCUCCCUGCUGCUGAACACAAAACAUCCAUACAAGCACACACAGACACUGACACACACACACACACCACACCUUCUGGUCCUCUGCUGCUCUUACAGUGUUUGCUAUGUACAAACGAUAUUAAUAAACCAAUCGUUUUUUUAAAAA